AUGUUGGGUGAUUGGCCCAUUGCACCAAAGAUGCCCCUCGUUGGUGGCCAUGAGGGUGCCGGUGUCGUCGUGGCUCGAGGAGAACUUGUCAAGGACGUGCAGAUCGGCGACCACGUCGGUAUCAAGUGGCUCAACGGCUCCUGCCUCAGCUGCACAUACUGCCAGCAGUCCGAUGAGCCCCUCUGCGGUACUCCCGAUCUCUCUGGCUACACAGUCGAUGGUUCGUUCCAGCAAUAUUGUAUCGGCAAGGCCGCCCAUGUUGCCAGAAUCCCAAAGGAGUGCGACCUUGAAGAAAUCUCCCCCAUUCUCUGCGCCGGUAUCACUGUAUACAAGGGCUUAAAGGAGUCUGGAGCCAAGCCGGGCCAGUUUGUUGCCAUCGUUGGUGCCGGUGGUGGCUUGGGUAGCUUGGCUGUUCAGUAUGCCAAGGCUAUGGGUCUUCAUCCCAUCGGUAUUGAUACUGGUGCCGAGAAGAAGGACAUGGUGCUCAAGCUAGGCGCCACCGCCUUUGUCGACUUUGCUACCUCCCCCGAUAUCGUCAAGGAGGUCAAGGCUGCUACCCAAGAUGGCCAAGGCCCUCAUGCCGCCAUCCUGGUGGCCGUCCAAGAGAAACCAUUCCAGCAGGCCACUCAGUAUGUCCGCUCUCGCGGCACCGUCGUCUGCAUCGGUCUGCCACCCAACGCUCAGCUGAGUGCGCCUGUCUUUGACACUGUCCUGCGCAUGAUCAACAUCAAGGGUAGUUAUGUUGGUAACCGCCUAGACUCUGCCGAGGCCAUUGAAUUCUAUCGCCGUGGACUUGUCAAGGUUCCCUUCAAGACUGUCGGUCUUAGUGAGCUGCAAAGUGUGUACGAGCUUAUGCAUGCUGGCAAGAUUGCAGGACGAUAUGUUGUUGAUACCAGCCGCUAA